UUAGUCAGUCGUUUCUCGCCAGACGGGCCAUGUACUCUUGAAGCUCAUCAAACAGACGUGGCUCACUGCCAUCAGUCCGCCCAUUGCUCUCAUAUCGGUCAAUCAGGACGGCAGUGGCCAGUGCCUUCAUGUCUCGAACGUCUCUUGUCAGCUCGGCCAACUCCUGCCUCAUCUCACUUAUCGCUGCCUGCACGUCAGCUGCCUGGCUCUCCUGCGCCUCUAUCCUCUCCGCCACGUGUUGGGUGGCGUGUAUGGUCUUGUACAGCACGGUGGGCAGGUUGACGUACAGCGCCUUGUUGUCGUGGCCGCGGUCAACGCUGCUCUCGAACACCGCCUCAGGCCAAACACUUCUCACUUCCUCCGCCAGGACGCCUGACAGACAGGCAGAUAGGCCCACUAAGCUCUCUUUGCUCAUCAGGCGAUAGGCGUCACUGACCAAAUUGCCGCUGUCCUGCGUAAGGGAUGCGUCUUCCCCUGUGCGUCUCAUCCUGCGUUCUUCCGUCGUCGUUUUUCCAUUGGAAGCUGUAGAAGUCAAUCUUCUUGAUGGCUUCCAUCGCUGCCAUUCCCCCCUGGGCAGUCUCCUUGCUGACGCGUGUCUUGUACCUGCCGUCGCUCAGCGCGCCAUAGAACUGGCUGAAGAGGCCUCCAGCGUAUAUCUCGUACAGAGGAAAGUCAGUACCACACCCCAACAUGCCUGCAGACACACGGACACACACAACCAGCCAUGUGUACUCCGUGUGCACUUUAUUUGGUGAUGCAGGCGCCCUCACCGUAUCCCUGCAGGAGCGCAUUGUCAGCUUGCAGGUCGGCAGCCCCAAGAGAUGGGUCGUCCCCUGAAGCCUCAGGCAGCACACGCACGCAAUGAGCACACAUACAUCAAGCACGGGGAAUCGUUCGCCUACCGCACUGGAAGGUGGCGUAUUGCCGCAGUGCGGCUCCUGUGCUGUUGUUGACGGCGGGCGCGCCGAUGAGACCCUCCUUCGUGGGUGGCACGUUGCCACCAGUGGGCUUCGAGAGCUCAUCGAUCUUCUCGCUUGGGGGUGGGAAAGGGAAAAGCUGUGGUGGGUUCGCCGCUGCUCGACGAGCCCAGCAACUUGAUGCGACGAGGACGAAAAGUUGACACAGCUGCGAAGCUGCGAGCAUCGUAGCGUACAGCCGUUCAUUGUACACGUGUGGUCUUAGACCACCCCCCCCAGAGCAUGAUACACACCACCACGACAGACACCAAGCCAAACGAGCAGCAGGCAAACAAACAAGACAGACACACGAUCGCGGUGGAUGUUCACAGACCCUCAGUGAUCUCACGCGCCAUCCACCCCAUCAGCAGCAGCGGUUUCAGGGAGCAUCCUAGGUGGCCUGACGGCCAAGUCCCCUGUCGGUCUGUCCAACAUGAAACAGGCACCCUAACAUGCAACCCGGACACGAAACACGCAGCACGCAGAGGGCAG